CUAACCUGUUCGUUCGAGCGAUUUCAAAGUUUAAUAGAGUUCCAACAUCCUUGCGAGCAGCAUCUUGGGAGAGAUCUUCACCGAAGUUUGCUUCCGUACCGUAGGCGAUCGUGUUGAGUAGAAACCACCAAACAAGUGGUGACGGGCGGUGGAAUAAGUUUUACGAGUUCAGUGUACCAUUUCUGGCUAUGUGUAGAAGUCGACGAAGUAAAGAAGUGCGUGUGUAUCACAUCUAAAAAUCGUCUUGACUGUUUAUUCAGUUGCAUGCUGUUAGAAUAGUUUAAGUUAUAAAACUAUUCAGCAGACGUUUUUAUAAAAUAAAGAACAAAAAAGUACAAUUGAAGUUUGUGGGAUUUUAAGUGGACUGCAAACGGUGAAAUUUGGCGUUAUUGUGAAUUGAAAGAUUCUUCGAUGGCUGUUGCUAGCUUAAACAUGUCUCCAAUCUUCAGUGGAUACCCUUUCCAAGGUCAGGGACGUGUGAACCAACUAGGUGGAGUGUUCAUCAACGGACGUCCUUUGCCAAACCAUAUACGUCUGCGUAUAGUCGAAAUGGCAGCAUCGGGCGUACGACCGUGUGUGAUAUCCCGCCAACUUAGGGUAUCUCAUGGCUGUGUUUCAAAGAUCCUCAAUCGGUACCAAGAGACUGGAUCAAUCCGACCGGGAGUCAUCGGCGGUUCGAAACCACGCGUAUCCACUCCAGAAAUCGAAGCACGCAUCGAAGAACUGCGCAAAGCGAAUCCCGGCAUAUUCAGCUGGGAAAUUCGAGACAAACUGAUUAAGGACGGACUUUGCGACAAAACAUCGGCACCGUCCGUCAGCUCCAUAAGCCGAUUGCUGCGAGGUGGGCGGCGCGAGGAUGUGGAUUUACGUGGAAAUCAUUCGAUCAAUGGCAUCCUUGGAGAAUCAUCGUGUGAUGAGGAUAGCGAUACCGAAUCAGAACCUGGAAUUACACUCAAGCGUAAGCAGCGCAGAUCCAGAACAACGUUCAACGAAGAGCAGCUUGAAGCUCUGGAAAUUGCAUUCAGCCGUACUCAAUAUCCAGACGUGUACACACGCGAGGAACUAGCUCAGAAAACUAAGCUGACCGAAGCGCGUGUACAGGUAUGGUUUUCGAAUCGCCGUGCUCGCCUUCGCAAACACAUGAGCUCUCAGCAAAUGGUUGCUUUUGGCGCUUCGCAAUAUCCUUCCCAAUUCGAGCAACAGGCUGCGGCUGUAGCUGCCGCCACUGCAUCUUCCGGUUCUGGUUCACCCAUGGGAGCGGGUACCUGGUCACAAUGCUACUCAUCCUCGCCUACCCAAGCCACUACUAUUCAUGCACCCUCACAAUCUUCAUACAAUCCAUUGGCUCAAACUAUGAUCCAUCCAACCUCAGCCACCAUGAGCCCUCCGGUUUCUAUGAGCCCUCCCAGCUCUGUCAGUCCACCAGUGUCCCAUCCAGGAGCACAUUCUACAUCGGUUUCACCAAUUCCACAAGCUUCCAGUGGAGUCACUGUCCCCAACAGUGCAGCACACGUGCCAGGAUACAACUACUUCUCUAUGCUGGACAACAACACCCAACAUGUGUCGUUGCACUCACAUCACGCCCACGCCACCCAUCAACACCCUGGGCAAUUUAGUGCUGCGCAAUCAUAUGCAACAUCCUAUACUUCCGCAACGGGCAGCAACGGUAUGGACUCCAACUCGCAGUGGCAACGCGCCGGCAGUGUCUCCAACAAACCCACUGCUAGCGAAUGGGACGCUUAUAGCUCAUUUUUCUCCAACAACAUGAGCCACCACCAUGCGCACAGUCACCCACACUACACAUCGGCAGCUACAGCUGCAGCAGUAGCGGCAGAAGCAAAAUCUGGCUAUCCAUACUUCGGGCAAUUAGGAGGAUUAGAAAUGAGUCGGCUGCACUGUUAAAAAAGUACCGAGCGAAUGAGUUCAAAUUGGUAGUCAAAACAACAAGUAUUCGAGAAUGAGAAAAAGAUGACAGUGCACGCUUUUGUCCAACCAUGUGUCUCUUAAUUUACAAAGUUGAUAAUUCACCACAACAAAUAAAGUAUUGCCAGGUUGACUUUUUUUUUUGAAAAAAAUAUUGUAAAACGAAUAUGUUACUUCUUGCCGUAGAUAACUAUAUUAGUAACGUCUCUACUGGUCUAAAGUUUGUUUUCAGCAAAAUUACUAGUAAUGCUGUCGUUUUCAAACCUUACGAAUUGUGUUUUAUAAGUCAAAUGUUAAACAGUAUAGCUACCAAUGACGCAAUGAUGAUGAUUAUUAUUGUUGUAAAAGUUUAGAUAGCAGGUAGGAUAAUUUAUAUUAGUAUUAAAAUGCAAUGACUGUACUGAAUAAAUCUAAGACCAUUAGUUAAUAAGAAAUUGAUGCAAAUAAAUAAACGCUUCAAACAUUAAAAUCCAUA